AACAAAAAGCGUAAACAUUGGACCAAAUGACUCACGAUGACGUAGUUUUCAUUAUCAUAUCACAACCACAAGCAUACGUUAGUUGCAAUCCGACGGCGAACGGUAUUUGUCGUGCUCAGUACGAAUUAUACACCUUUAUAUUGCUUUAAUAAGAACAUUUGUUUCCAUAAUAACGUAUCGUCAAGACUGUUUUUAUCAAGUGAACGCGAGGGACACACUCAAAUGGUGCCGCGUAAACAUCGCGUAUAUUUUCCUUAACGGCGCGAACAAAGGGAAUUUAAUAUUUGCGGAUUUGUUUUGCGCUUACGGGCUCAGCCUUUUGAUUCUACACACGUGUGUGAUGCAUAUGUGAAAACGAGACGAUGCGAGCGAGCGCAGCGCGCAUAUAAAAAAAAACCAAUGCAAAAAUGAUUAAAAGGAACGGUGAUAAUGUAUGUGCGAUCGCGUCGAACAAUAAUCAGUGUCAAGGCGGACGGAGUUCUGUCUCGCUCUGUCCCAACGCGGCUACGAGGAUCCCGCGAGCCACUGCUGGCAGGAUGACGCAGCCUGACGCGCACACAAACAGCAAAGAAGCGAAUAUUGCGCUCUCAACUUACGUCGAAAAGUGGAAAAAUAGAUACGAGGACGCUGAGAGGAAGCACAAAGCCUACCUGCUCAAGUCCGAAAAAGCGCGACGGGAGCACGAUGACCUGCAACGCCGAUACAAUAUCCUGCUCGAAGAGCGGAACCACCUGGACAGCGAGCUUGGCGACCGGGAGAGGGAGCUGAACCGGCUGCGGCUGGUCUCCGAGAAACUGUUCCAGGAGUACCAGCAGCUGAAGAACCAGCAUGAGAUCGACGCGGGGGUUAUGCACAAGGUUAUGCAACAGGCGGGAGAAUGGUACAAACAGAAUAAACAGUUGAAGAGGCGAAGCACGGCGUUGCUGCACGCGCUGCCAUCCACCGUCGACAUCGAUCUCACGGAUGCGAAUGAUACUUCAUCCGAGGCGAGCAGCAACGAAGAAGUGGAAUUCCUGAAGCGCACGGUCAGCGAGCUGUCGGAGCAGGUCGCCGCGCUGCAGACGGAGGCCGGCGCCGCCAAGCUGCACGAGUUCGAGGCUCACGAACUCAACGUGCAACUCACGCAGGAGUUGGAAGUAGAAAAGGAGAGAUGUGUGCAACAAGCGAAGGAGUUGGAAGAUUUGCGCCGUCAGCUGGAGAGGCACAACCGGGUGUCCAAGUUGUUGAUGGAAGAGGUGACUUCACUGAAGGAGAAUGCUGACAAGGACAGGCAAAUGGCUGAGACGUACAAGCACGAAGCGCGCGACGCCAAGAAGCGCGCCACCGUGCUCGCGCACCAGAGCGCGCUGCUCAUGGGCGAGCUCGAGCUCGACGAGCGGCUCGGCCUGCUGCUCGCCGAGCUCGACAGCCUGCGCGCCGCGCUCGACAGCCAGGCCGCGCGACACCGCGACCAGCUCGAGCUGCUGCAGUUGAAACUAUCAGAAAAACACGAAGAGACAGACAUACUCUUGUGGGAAGAGAAGAUAAGACUGGCGGAGGAGGAUGCGCAGAAAGCGGUCGAGAGAGCGGAGAGAGCUGAGAGGAGAGUGAUGGAGUUAGAGAAGAGACUGAAGAGUGAGCCUAGGAAUACACUGAAGUCUAGAAUCAGCUACUUUGAAAGUGGGGGGAAGGGAGAAGGAAAGAAGCAGGAGGUUAAGGAAGCUGUCGAUCCACCACGACCACCCUCCCCCGCGCCUCCCGCGUGCCUCCCUCCGCCGCCGCCGCCGCCACCUCCCCCGCCCGCUCCGGUGGCCUUCGAGGGGAGCGCAGAAGGAGACAUGGCCAAGCUGCUCGCCAGCAAGUCGGGCACGCUGAAGAAGACGAAGCAGAAUGGAGGCGGCGCAAUAGACGCGAUAGUGGACCAGAUAAAGGGCGGCAAGUUCCACCUCAAGUCGACCGACCGAACCGUCGAGAAGAAACCGGCCGACCACCAGCCGGAAGCUGUCAAGGAGAUGCUGCAAAUACUCGGCACCCUGAGGAAGAGGAGGGGACACAGGCCCAGUGUAAUCGCCGAUGGGGAGGCUUGAGCUACGGUGCUGAUGGUGGGGAUGAUGAAGAUAGUGGAAGUUGUGGUGCAACACACCACACACUUUUAUGUUUUAAGGUUGAUGGAUUGAAAAGGUGUCUUUUGUCGCCCACCACAAUAAUGUGGUUCACAACAGUGGAAUGUUUUUCUGAUAAUUUAAUCAAUUCUAUACAAUAAUAGCCGAAGGGAAAAGGAUGUCUUGUUACUCGGAGCAGUGUUUCAUAUGACUACCAUAUUUUUAAUAUUUAUACUCUAUGGGCUGAAAAAGUAAAUCGAAAAUAGUGAGUGAUAUUUAGUCUGGGUUGAAAAGUCUGAAUAAAUCCAGAUUUAAACCCGUCAAUUGUUUGCUUCAUAAAUGUUCGGUAUGAGGAGAUGGCGAUGCUUGUGUCAAUGGAAAAAAUUGUGUCAAUUGAAAUUAUAGUUUAAAAGAAAAUGUAUGAAAGAAUGUCCUGUGAAAGAUUGGAGAGAAAUUAGGUAAAGUAUUUAG